GACGUAAUGAGUAGCUUGCGGGCUCAGCUUUGGAUGCCUCACUUGGCAUUUAUCUCGCAGCAAAGUUAUCCUUUGAGCUCUCCUAGGCUUCGGUACUUCGAUUAAUAGCAUUAUUCAUGCAGAUUCUAAGCUAUAACGUGUACAACAUAGUGUCUAGAGAUAGCGGAGACAUUUAAAAUUUGCUCUUAGUCUACGGUAUAUUGCUCUGCUCGACAAUUGAGAUCUUGAUCUGAAUUCCAUGACCGGGCAAAUCUAACAUCUACUUCCUCAUGGGGCUGGCUUCGUUUUUCUCCUGGCUCUUGGCUCUUUUAUUAGUGUUUAUUAUUGGAAAUAGCGCCUAUGCAUUACGAGUUACAGUUUUAUUGGACAGGACUAAUUCGUCAAGCAUUCUUGAAGAAAAACUUAGAGGUAUUUCUCAUGAUUUGAGCACGAAGAAAACAACAUGGAUCUUGUGUUUCCCCGCCAAUGGUGACGAGAAAAAUGACCUUCGACCUGGGCAAGGGUUUGCUUCAAGAGAAUGGGAGUGUGGUGGAAAAGUCACAAAUGUCAGCCAUCUCAGUCCUUCUAAUGUGUUGGUGUGUGCCUCGCAUCGCGUUCGCUUCUGCUCUGACGUGACGAACGCACGACGUAAAGGAAUCCUGUCCUCCAGUGCGACCAUUACACUCUUUGGUGGAUUACAAGAUUCAUUGGGUGACAGUGACCUUAGAGAGAUGCUUUUUGACGUGAUAACCCAUUCUGAGAAGGUUUUGUUUGUGCGGCAUCGCGACGCAAUGAGUCUCCGUGAGUUCCUGAUACAAGGCAAUCACCAGAUAUCUAAGGACAACCGAAAAGCUCUCCUGCGCAAGCUGCUUUUGUUAGGGGAGGAAGAGUGGACGUCGACCCUGAUCAGGGCUGUUGACAUUCAAGAAGAAAGUGGGAUCGCGAGAAAGCCACGUGGCAAAAGAGACGUUGCUGCUUUCGCGGUGUUCCCCAAUAGUACAAGCGCCUUAACUAAUUAUACAGUCUACGAUACUCCAUCACCGCCCGCCCCAGUCAGUAGCACUUAUGUAGAUGAGAGCACUUCGUACCCAAUACGGACAACGUACCCAAAUGUAUCAAUCUCGUCUGAGACGAAUGGAACGUUUGGAAUUUAUUCAACGCAUAGUGCCACUGUUAUGGAAACUUCGCGUGGCAUUAUGGUGUCCUCGUCAGCGCGGGUGAUGAAUGCGACGUUAGGUAUUAUAAUCACGCCCUCACAAGCGGUAACGCAGUCACAUGUGGGGAGUAUCAGGUCGUCCGUCAGUCUAUCAGAAGUACCUACGAUCUUGCCUUCCCCAGUGUCAUCAGUAGCUGUUCAAGCAAGUGUGUCAUCCUCUGUUCUAGCAAGUGUAAACCCUUCUGCCAUUGCAAGUGUAUCUUCUGUUCAAGAAAGUGAUUACCCUUCUAUUCAAGCAAGCGUACCCUCCUCGGCCGUGGAAAAAGGAUCCUCUACCCAAACAAGUGGGUUAACCUCGUUGCAAGCGAGUGAAUCUGCCUUUAUUCAGGCAAGUGUACCCCCUUCUGCCGUUGCAAGUGUAUCCUCUGUUCAAGCAAUUGAUUACCCCUCUAUACAGGCGAGCGUACCCCCUUUUGCCGUUGCAAGUGUAGCUUCUGUUCAAGGAAGUGAUUACCCCUCUAUUCAGGCAAGCGUACCCCCUUCUGCCGUUGCAAGUGUUUCUUCUGUUCAAGCAAGUGAUUACCCCUCUGUUCAAGCAAGUGUACCCCCUUCUGCCGUUGCAAGUGUAUCUUCUGUUCAAGGAAGUGAUUACCCCUCUAUUCAGGCAAGCGUACCCCCUUCUGCCGUUGCAAGUGUUUCUUCUGUUCAAGCAAGUGAUUACCCCUCUAUUCAGGCAAGUGUACCCCUUUCUGCCGUUGCAAGUGUAUCUUCUGUUCAAGGAAGUGAUUACCCCUCUGUUCAAGCAAGUGUACCCCCUUCUGCCGUUGCAAGUGUAUCUUCUGUUCAAGGAAGUGAUUACCCCUCUAUUCAGGCAAGCGUACCCCCUUCUGCCGUUGCAAGUGUUUCUUCUGUUCAAGCAAGUGAUUACCCCUCUAUUCAGGCAAGUGUACCCCUUUCUGCCGUUGCAAGUAUAUCUUCUGUUCAAGGAAGUGAUUACCCCUCUGUUCAAGCAAGUGUACCCCCUUCUGCCGUUGCAAGUGUUUCUUCUGUUCAAGCAAGUGAUUACCCCUCUAUACAGGCGAGCGUACCCCCUUCUGCUGUUGCAAGUGUAUCUUCUGUUGAAGGAAGUGAUUACCCCUCUAUUCAGGCAAGCGUACCCCCUUCUGCCGUUGCAAGUGUUUCUUCUGUUCAAGGAAGUGAUUACCCCUCUGUUCAAGCAAGUGUACCCCCUUCUGCCGUUGCAAGUAUAUCGUCUGUUCAAUCAAGUGAUUACCCCUCUGUUCAGCCAAGCUUAACCCUGUCUACUCAAGCAAGUGUUUCUCGCUCUAUCCAUUCAGCACCCCCCUCUGUCCAAUCAAGUGCAAUCUUCUCUACGCAAGCAACUGUAUCCACAUCUGAAGAACAAUCGAGGGUGUAUUUAGAGUCUACUCCAACCAUCAGUGAAUCCUUGUCUAGAUUUUCUUCAAGUUACCAUAUAGGAGCAAGUGAUUUCACAUCUACUAUGAUAAGGUCCCAGUCCGCUCGAGCCACUAAAAGUGAGUCUUAUACUAUUUCAAGCUCCCAUGAGCCAUCACUCCUCAUGUCCUCACAAGCUGAAGUAUCAACAGCGAUGAAAUCAAAAUCUAUCAUGUCUAGCAUAAGAGUGUCACAAAUCCCAAAGAGCAGUUCUGCCUCCGUAUUUGCAUCUACAAAGUUGAUCAAGUCUUCCAUAUCAGUAGAACGUUCUAGGAAGGAGACAACGCUUUUGAUCACUCGAUUAAUCUCUACAAGCAUUGUCCCUGGGGUCAAACAGACGAGCAGCAAGCUCUUGGUUUCUUCACACUCCACCCCUAUAUUAACAAGUAUCCACAGAGCCACAAGUACAAGGAAUGUGCUAGAACCUUCGAGCAUUAUGACUUCCACCUCCAUCUUACCCUCUACAUCUUCGUGGAGGAUACCGACCUCGAGUUCAGUCACCACGCCGACUUCUGCUCCUACACCCACCACUCCGGUCUCGUCCCAAACGUACGAGAUAACCCUAGAGGGGGACUGCGCCGUUGUGCUAGCUGACGACGAAACAAAGAAAGACUUCAGGGACGCGCUCAAAGCUGUACUUGCCAAAGCUUUACGCAUCAGUCCAGACGACAUCAAGGUCGGCGAACUGGAAUGCGGGUCCAUCAAGGCCACUGUGACCGUGCAGAACGCUGAGGAACGAAACGUAACUCAGCGCUUAGAGGAAGCCGUGAAAAAUGAUGCUAUAGUAGUCGAAAGUCAGGGGAGGCAGUACAAGGCCCUUAAAGUAGAUGUAGUGGAGCCUCAUGCCACGGGCGUGGCCCCUACUGAGCCUUCCACAAAAGGCCUUGCGUUUAUACUUUACGUCAGUUUUGGGGCGCUGAUGGGUUUGAUCUUCAUCGUGGGGGUGAUCGUCCUGUGCCAUCGCUGCCGUAAAGACAAAACUUCAGGCAGGUUUACGAUGGGCCAGGAUUCUGAGGUGGAGCUGAAGAGGUUCGCGGGAAUUCCGCGGGCGACUUAUUACCGUGUGGAUUUCUAUGGUCAUGCGCAGGAGAUUGAUGCGGUGAAUGAUCUUCCUGGCGAUAAGGAGUAUGACGAGGCUGUAGUGCCGUAUCAUCAGAGCUUCCGUUUGGACGACACGGGUGGGGCAGGACAAGGGGGGGACACCAAUCAAGGGGGGUUCACCAUGGGGAGGUUGCCCGAGUGGGAUGUACCGAAGUUGAAGUCGGACGACAUUGUGGUGGCCAGUGAGGGGGAGAAAGGCGCGAAAGAGAAAGAGGGGGGCAAUACUGCGCAUGCGUAUGAUAACCCUGCAAUGUCUUUUGGGGAUCUUACUGAUGCGAAAGAUAAGAAAGAGAACGAAGAAUAAAGGCUAAUAUGGAAAAGAUAUGCAUGUCUAGAAAAGUUGAAAAUUAUUGGGAAAAUCUUUGAAGUAAGUGAAGAAGAUUAAAGAAACCGUACGCAAA